AUUUCAGGUGUUGAACAUUAUCCCCCGAGAGUAUUUAGUGAAAAUCCAGUGGAAGGUGUUCCAAAACCAGAAGGUGGCAGUAAAAGAUUAACAUGUAAUGCAUAUAGUUAUCCUCCCGCUGUAUAUACAUGGAUUAAAGAUAAUACAGUUGUAUCUCAAAAUACUUCUAGUACAGCUUUUACCCUCCAAAAUUUACAACGUAUUGAUGCAGGUUAUUAUAGAUGCCUAGCCAGCAAUAUUAAAGGCGCUCUAUUAAGUGAAGCUGUGCAUAUUGAUGUAGCCUACAUGGAUGAAUUAUCUGAUAUCAGCAUAGUAACAAAAUCAGCUAACCAAGGAAACCAUAGUAUUUUUAAUAUACCAAGUAUAAAUAGUGUACCAGAUCCAACAGUAGAAUGGUUAGAUAGUGGAACCACCAUGUCUAAAGAGGAUAUGUACCAUCAAGUGACUUUAAAUCAAGAUUUAAUAUUAUUAUCAUUAUCUUCUACUAGUAAUAAUAAACGUUUUGUAGCUAGAAUCUAUAAUGUGGCCACAGAAACCUAUUUACAUAAAAACUAUACUUUAACAGUAACAAGUUCUGGUGAUCCGUCAUCCCAGAUAGCCCCUCAGUUUGUUGUAGCUCCACAAGAUACUACUGCUACAACUCAAGAUAGAAAAGUGACAUUAGAAUGUGUUGUUAAUGCUAGACCGUUGACAGAUUUAAGGAUAAGCUGGUACAGAGUUCAAGCUGAUGGAACAAAAAGUAAAAUAGUAGAGAGUGCUAAAUAUAGUUUUAGUCCUUUUUUCCGUCAGUUACAAAUAAUAACCCUAAUAAAAUCAGAUGAAGGUGUAUAUGAAUGUGAAGCUAUAUUAAAUAUAGUUGGUGGACCAUCUUAUGAUACUAUAUUUGCUAGAGCUAAUGUUACUAUUCAUGAACCCCCAAGGCUUGCACCACCAUUAAACAAUGGAAUGGAAAAAGACUUUAGUGAAACAGCAGUAAUUAAUUGUGCUGCUGUUGGAUCUCCUGCACCAACUUUACAUUGGUAUUUUAAUGGCAGACCUGUAGAAACAUUAUCCUCAACAAGACAUAAAGGUUACUCGAAUGGUACAUUAGUAAUAGAGAAUGUAGAUUUACCAGAUGCUGGUAUAUAUCAAUGUUUUGCCAGAAAUGUAGUUGGUGAAUCUUCAGAUGCUAUCUGGCUUAAAAUCAAUAGUUCUCCCCCUAAACUUACUCGAAAGCCCAACAAUAUAACAAUGGUACAAGGUGGAGAAGCUAGGUUUCCUUGUGAAGCAUCUGGUGCUCCUAAACCAGUUAUAUCUUGGCGCAAAGGUGAUGGUGAUGAAACAGAUGUUACUAGUAGUGGUGGUAUACAGAUAUUAGAGAGAGAAUUAUUGAUAACUACAGCCCAGAAAUCUGAUUCAGCUACCUAUAGGUGUAUAGCUACUAAUUUAAAAGGUCAAGCUGAAGCUGAAGCUCUAUUGCAAGUGAUUGGCAAAACUCAUAUAGUUAGACCUCCAGAGAAUAAAACAGCAAUAUUAAGUACUUCUGUGACAUUAAAAUGUGGUGUAUCACAUGAUGAAGUUAUCACACCAGUAUGGGAAUGGUAUUUUUAUAAGAAACAAGUUACAGAAACAGAAGAGAAAAUAGAGAAUGAUAAUAGACGUAUAAUAACUGCUGAUGGUAGUUUGAUUAUUAGUGGUGUUGAUGGUAUUGAUAUUGGGAAGUAUAAAUGUCAAGUUAUUUCUGAAGGUGGUAAUGAUAGUCGUAUUGCUACAUUAUUAGUUGUCGAAUUACCUAGUCCACCAGUUAUAACUGAUGUUAGAUUACAUCCAACAUUAUCUAAUAGUGUAAUUAUAACCUGGACUAAACCGUUUGAUGGAUACAGUCCAAUACUGAGAUACGUUAUAAGUUAUAGAGAAGAAGAUCAAGCUGGAGGAACACCAGAAAAUGUAAGAUGGGAACCAUAUCCUGCUAUAGUACCACCCAAUGUAACAUCUUACGAUGUCAGUAAUCUACGAGCAUCCAGAUAUUAUAAGUUUCGUAUUAGUGCCAUAAAUGAAGUUGGUGAAGGACCAGGUAGCUCAGGAAAACCAGAUACACCAAUACAAUUACCUCCACAACCUCCAAGUGCAGCACCUAAAAACUUCUACUGUACCCCCAGGCCAAAUAGAGAAAUCAUGGUACAAUGGCAGCCACCAGCAGAAGAAUCAUGGAAUGGUGAUUUAACUGGCUAUCAAAUCAGAUACAAAGUAACAGGAUUUCCUGAUUCGGCUCAAAAUAUUAAAAACGUCAGUUCAUGGUCUACAACUAAUUUUGUUCUUCAUAGUUUGGUAUUUAAUAAAGAAUACCUAGUAAAAAUAGCUGCUAUGAAUGUGAAAGGAGUAGGGGUGUUUAGUGAUGAAUUUAGAGUGAGAACAUUAGAGGGUACUCCCACUGCUCCACCCCGUAAUGUCACUUUUCAAACUAUUAAUUCAACUACAAUAACAGCUUAUUGGAUGUCUCCUAGUCCUCUAGAGAUUAAUGGUAUUAUCCAGGGAUACACUAUAGAACUAAGACGUAAAUCAGUACCACAAGUAGAAAGACCAAUAUUUGUUCCAUCUAUUCCUGAUAAUCUGCUAGGAGAUAUGACUGCCAAUAUUUAUGGAUUAAUGAAGUAUACAGAUUAUGUUAUAACUAUUAGCUGUCGAACAACACAAGGCCCAGGACCUGCUAGUCCAGAACAAACUGUUAGAACUGCUGAAGAUAUACCUGGUGAAGUAGGUGAUUUAAAGUUUGUUAAGAUUUUAGAUAGAACUGUGAAGGUAAAUUGGUCAGCACCAGCAGAAGUCAAUGGUGUACUUCAAGGUUAUACAAUAUUAUAUGAGAAGAAAAAUCAAACAGAUACCAGAAAACAAAUAGAUUUACCUGCUACAUUAAAUAGUUAUACCAUACAAAAUUUAAUACCAGUUACUAAAUAUACUAUAUAUGUUUAUGCCUCUACUAAAAAAGGACCUGGUCCUUCAGUUUAUGCUGACAUAGAAUCUGGUGUUCCACCAGAAUUACCAACAGCUCCUCAUCAUCUUGGUAUAACCAAUAUAGAAACAACAUCAGUUCUAAUACAGUUUCUACCAGGUUAUAAUGGUAAAACAUCUAUAACAUUGUGGAUUGUGGAAGCUUUAGUAGGCUCUAGUAAUAAAUGGAUAGAAAUCUAUUCCAUCUCAGAUCCGUCAGCAAAUCAAAUCCGAGUAUUAAACCUGAUACCAUUUACUCAGUACACAUUCCGAUUGAUUGCUGAGAAUAUUGUUGGUAGAUCAAAUGCUAGUGAUCCUACCAGAGUCAUACAAACCAAGAUGGCAGCACCUGGUAUUCCUCCAGGAAAUGUGACAGUCCGUGCUUUAAAUUCCACAGCUCUUAGAAUUAGUUGGACACCUGUACCCAGACAUGAAUGGCAUUCAGAACAAAUAGGUUAUAAUUUAGAAUACCGUAUGACACCUAACAAUAUUACUAUAACAGAUAGCAUAUAUACACUGUUAAAACUAGAUAAUGGUAUGAAUAUUGCUAGCUAUAUAUUACCACUUUUAGAAGAAUGGAUAGAAUAUGAUGUCCGUAUGUCAUCUUAUAAUGAUGUUGGUGUCAGUGAUGUAGGACCUGUUACUAAAGAACGUACUAGAGAAUCAGUACCAAGUGGUCCACCAACUAAUGUUGUAGCUACCUCAAGUAGUUCUACCAGUAUUAAUGUAACAUGGGGCCCUGUGAGAUUCUUACAACAAAAUGGUAUGAUACAGGGCUAUAAGGUGAAAUAUGAAUCACAGUCUGAAGGUAUAGCAGCUGAAUAUGAAGAGAUUAGUGGUAAUAUGACUAUGGGUGUAGAAUUAACAGGCUUAAGAAAGUUUGUAACCUAUGAGCUUAAUUUAUUAGCAUAUACUAGAAUGGGAGAUGGUGUAUUAGGUAGAGCUGCUGUAGCUCAAACUGAUGAAGAUUUGCCUGGUCCACCAAUUAUAAUAUAUUUUCCAAUGGUCAACUAUACCGCUGUACAAAUAGUAUGGAAUCCACCUAGUGAACCUAAUGGUAUUAUAACAGGAUAUAAGGUCAACUAUCGUAAAGAAAAUCAACCAGAAAAUACUGUGCUUAGUUCUGUAGAAGUCAGCCAUUCUACAUUAGAAAAUGUUGUUGGUGGUCUAGAUAGAGAAACAUAUUAUAUGUUUACUGUCGUAGCUAGAACUAGAUUAGGAUGGGGACAACAGGCUAAUGUUUUAGUUUAUACUAUGGUGGAUAGAGCUCGACCAGAUAGUCCUUCAGAACCUAAGAUAGGCAAUUCACAAGUGAGUUCUCGUACUGUUACUAUAAGUUGGAAUCCUGGUAACUUUAAUUAUGGUCCACUUCGUAAUUCUACUAUACAAUAUAAAGCUAAAGGAGGAACCUGGAUUACUUAUCCUACUAGAACACCACCAGAUCAGACUUCUGCCACUGUUACUGAAUUGAGACCUAACACUUACUACAGAUUCCGUGUAGCUGCUACUAAUGAUAUUGGUACUAGUGACUAUAGCUUACAGUCAGCAGAAGUACAAACUCUACCAGAUAAGCCAGAAGGAGCACCAUUAAAUGUAAAAGUAACAGCAGUAACUAUGACAUCUAUUAAUGUAUCUUGGCAGCCUCCACCCUCAGAUACCUGGAAUGGUGAUAUACAAGCUUAUAUUGUACAAUAUAAACAACUGUCUAUGUCAGAAUAUUCAGAAGAAAUUAUAGCUUAUACACGUUACAAUGUCCUAUUACCCAAUCUUGUUAAAAAGGUGUAUUAUGAGGUUCGGGUACUAGCGAGAAAUAAUGUUGGGAGGGGUCCACCUAGUAAACCUGCUACCAUAUUUGUGGGAGAGGCUGCACCAACUGCUUCCCCAAGACAAGUUACUAUGGAAGCAACAAGUUCUUCUGAAAUCAAACUCUCUUGGCAGCCUCCACCAGAAGAUACUCAAAAUGGUGGACUUUCAGGAUAUAAGGUUGAAUAUUGGAGUAAUAAUACUGAUGAUACAAGUGAUAUUGAAAAAGUAACAGUAAUUGUAGAUGAACCCUAUCUUGUAUUAAAUAAAUUAAAGAUAUUCACCUAUUAUCAUGCUACAGUUCAAGCCUAUAAUUUAGCUGGUAGUGGACCAUCAAGUACUGUUAACUCUGCUAGAACGGAUGAAGGAGUACCUGGUAUAACAGGACCAUUAGUAUUUACCAAUAUAACAUAUGAAAAAUUAACAGUAACCUGGUCACCACCAAUACAUUCUAAUGGUAUCAUUAGUAAAUAUGAACUGACAUAUUAUCUUAAUAAACCUAGUGGUGUUGAUGCUAAACUUGUAAAACUCACACUAAAUGGUAGUCAACAUCGUAUUAGUGUAGAGAAUUUAGAAGAAUAUGGUAACUAUACAUUUAAAGUUAGUGCUAGAACAUCAAAAGGUUUAGGUAAAGAAAGAGUUGCUAGUGUUAAAACUGGACCUCAACAAGGUUCUCCUGGUGCUCCACUGGAUCUCAGUCUAUCAACAACUGAUAAAGCUGUUACAGUGUCAUGGAAUAAGGGUAGUGAAGGGAGAUCACCUAUCUAUGGUUAUAUAGCACAGGCUAAAUUAACAGGUGAUGAUGAAAAAUGGAAGACAGUUUUACAACAAAAUUCACAACAGACAUCAUUAGUCCUGAGUUUCCAGAAUUUAAUACCAAGUAGAGAAUAUAAAUUACGUGUAAUGGCCAUGAAUGAUCAUGGUAUAAGUGAACCUAGUGUUAUAUCUGAUACUUUAGGUACACCUGGCCCAGCAAUAGCAUUAAAAGCCAAACCUUUCCAUACAGAAUGGUGGUUUUUAGUUAUUGUAGCUUUAGCUGGUGUAAUAAUGAUAUUGAUAAUUGUUUCAUUAUUAUGCCUGGUUGGUAGAAAACGCAGAAAUAAACAGAGUAAGUCAAAUAUUAAUAUCAGAUCAAAUUGCAUAUUCUGUCUGACAAGGAAUCAAAUCACAGAUGAUCUUAUUUUUACUUAUAUUUUAGGAGAAAUGAAAAGAUCUCAUACCAAUACUACAGUAAUGUCUGAGCCUCCUGAACCAGAAGAUGAUGGAUUUGCUACCUUAGAAAUAGUACCACCUAGACCAAGUCCAGCUAGUGUCACAUAUUCUGGUGAAGAUUUAGCUACUGGUGCAUCUAAAUCACAUUUUGGUGAUGAUAGUAGUAGUGUCACAGAAAAACCUUCAGAUUUUGGUGAUUCUACAGAGCCAAGUGAUGAUGAAAGUGAUGAUAUCAGUAUUGUCAAAGAACCUGCUUCCCCACCACCUCCUCCAUUUCCAGGACAUUAUGCCAAUAAUAAUGACAUGUCAAGACAAUCAUGGCGCUUUCAGAGCCCAUAUAAUGCUUAUGCUUAUACAGACAGUGAAGCAGAUAGUAGUCAUUAUGCUAUGAGUACUAAUACAGGCAAUAUACAGUUCAAUCAAUCGAGGUCACGAACUCCAUUAGCUGGUUUCUCAUCGUUUGUGUGA